AACGUGACUGGGGGGAACCCCACUCUGGAACCUCAGUUUCCAUAUCUCUAGAACGGGCUGAUAACUCGCGGAAGUGCUGGGGAUUGUUGAUUGAGCAAGGAAACCGCGGGGCGCAGACCCGGGGCUUGCAACCUAGGCUGGCGUCCAGAGGCCCCGUCCUGGGAGCGGGCGGAGAGGCGCGAACCCGGCACCCGCCGCCGCACUCUCGUCCCUCCCGCCUGGGAUCCCGCGCCCUGCCGAGGUCGGGCCCCAGCUCCGAGAGGCGUGGCCGGCCCUCAAGCCCACAGCGGCAGCCAUGGCCUCGGUGGUGGAGUACAAGGGCCCGAAGGCCGGCUACUGCUGCGGCUACUGCGAGUCCCCGGAGGGCAAGGCGUCGUGUGGCAUGUGGGCACAUUCCAUGACAGUGCAGGAUUAUCAGGAUCUUAUAGACCGAGGAUGGAGAAGAAGUGGGACGUAUGUGUACAAGCCUGUCAUGAAUCAAACAUGCUGUCCUCAGUAUACAAUAAGGUGUCAUCCUUUACAGUUUCAGCCAUCAAAAUCUCACAAGAAAGUUUUGAAAAAAAUGCUGAAAUUUCUGGCUAAAGGGGAGAUUUCGAAAGACAAUUGUGAGGAUGAGCCCAUGGAUUCUACAAUGGAGGAUGCUGUUGCUGGUGACUUUGCAUUAAUAAACAAGUUGGAUAUAAAGUGUGAUCUUAAAACACUCAGCAGUGAUCUCAAAGGAAGCAUAGAGAGUGAAGAGAAGAAGAAAGAAAAAAGUUUAAAGAAAGAAGGAUCUAAAGAAUUAAUUCAUCCACAAGCUAUAGAGGAGAAGUUGGGCUCUGGUGAACCAUCGCAUUCAAUCAAAGUUCAUAUUGGUCCUAAGCCAGGUAAAGGGGCUGAUUUGAGUAAGCCUCCAUGUCGAAAAGCAAAGGAAAUGCGGAAAGAAAGGAAAAGGUUAAAACUCAUGCAGCAAAAUGCAGCUGGAGCCUUUGAGGGUUUCCAGGCUCAAGGUCAGCCAGCGUCUUUGCUACCGAAGGCUAAAUCCAAUCAGCCCAAGUCACUUGAAGAUUUAAUUUUUGAAUCUUUACCAGAGAAUGCAUCACACAAGUUAGAGGUGAGGGUGGUGAGAUCUUCUCCACCAAGUCCUCAGUUCAAAGCCACAUUUCAGGAGUCUUACCAGGUCUAUAAGCGUUACCAGAUGGUUAUUCACAAGGAUCCACCUGAUAAACCAACUGUGAGCCAGGUGAGGCUAGUACCUGCCUCCUUUGAGGACCCAGAGUUCAAGUCAUCCUUCCACCAGUCCUUUUCUCUAUAUGCCAAGUAUCAAGUGGCCAUCCACCAGGAUGCACCUGUUGAAUGUGGAAAGACUGAGUUCACAAGAUUCCUUUGCAGCUCACCAUUGGAGGCAGAGCACCCUGCUAAUGGACCGGAGUGCGGUUAUGGCUCCUUUCACCAGCAGUACUGGCUCGAUGGGAAGAUCAUUGCUGUGGGUGUGAUAGACAUCCUCCCAUACUGUGUGUCUUCAGUGUAUCUGUACUAUGAUCCUGAUUAUUCAUUUCUGUCUUUGGGUGUCUAUUCAGCAUUAAGAGAAAUUGCUUUUACUAGACAACUGCAUGAGAAAACAUCGCAGCUCAGCUAUUACUAUAUGGGUUUCUACAUUCAUUCCUGUCCCAAGAUGAGAUACAAGGGUCAAUAUAGACCUUCUGAUUUGCUGUGUCCUGAGACGUAUGUCUGGGUGCCCAUCGAGCAGUGCCUCCCUUCUCUUGACAACUCCAAGUACUGCCGUUUCAACCAGGACCCACAAGCAGUGGAUGAAGGACGCUGUAAGGACCUUGACCGAGUACGAGUAUUUCACAGGCGUGCGGCCAUGCCUUACGGUGUUUAUAAAAACCACCAAGAAGACCCGAGUGAGGAGGCCACUGUGCUAGAGUAUGCAAACCUUGUGGGGCAGAAGUGCUCUGAGAGGAUGCUGCUGUUCAGACAGUGAAGAGCUGCACCACAGCCCAGCACUAGCCUGGGCACUCUUGUCACAGUCCUGCCGUGUCUCAGCUCCUGCAGCCACUCACCAAGUACAUUCUUAGAGCUUUUAAAAAGUAUUUUGUGGAGUUGUAUUUAUGAGAAUCUUGUGACUAAUAUAAAGAUUUUAAAAUACAUGAUGAUCUAGCCCCUUAAUUGGGACUUGUCCUUUUGAAGUUUCCUUCUGGAGCAAGGUGUGCUAAAUGUCUCCAGUAAAUACUUUAGGGAGAAAAGUGAAGAAGUGAAUCUAAGUAAUUUCCUCACGUUGCUGUUUUUGUCUUGGAAUUCUAACACAGAGACAGUUUGUUAGACCAGUGGUUCUCAACCUGUGAGUCUCAAACCCUACAGGGGUUGUAUAUUGGAUAUUUACAUUGUAAUUCAUAAUGGUAGCAAAAUUACAGUUAUAAAUAGCAAUGAAAUAAUUUUAUGGUUGGGGGUCACUACAACAUGAAGAACUGUAUUAAAGGUCGGCAGAAUUAGGAAGGUUGAGAACCAUUUACUUAGACCCACGCAAGAUGUUAGCUCAUGCUGGGAAAUUUAGGUGGGGCCAAAAGUGAAGAGCACUUCCAUCACUAGGAAAUAUGUCUUCCCCACAAACCAAAACUCUGUUAUCCUGUUCAAUAUUAAAUUCUGCCAGUGUUACAGUGUGUCAUUAAUAAACAACCUGAAAAGGAAAUGUAAACAUUGCAAAGAUCGGUAUUCACAUUGGAUGUAUGUCCAGGAUGGUCCUGCUAUGUCUGUUGUGUUGGCAUAAUAGUUUCCCUGUUGCUAGUGUUCCCUUGUGCACCAGAGGAUGAUAAAAUAUACAAUGACCUUAGUGGUGUUUGUGCUAUUUCUACAAUUCUAAGAAACAACAUUUUAAAGAAACAUAGUAACUCCUGCUUGAUCUGAGGCUUAUCCAAAGAAAAUAGGUACCUACUUUGCAUUCCCUGGAACUCAGGACACUUUUCUGUGGUUAGUGAUAGCAGGGGUUAGUCCUGUAGCUAUGCUGGUGGGGCCUAUGGCUUGUGUGUCAGAGAAUAGGCACUGCCAUGGUACUUGAACCUGGAGGCUAGCCACUUUCACUCUUGUGCGGUUGGGCCUUUUUGCCUGUUAGGUGGUGGGUAGCCGGCUGGUUAAAGAGACACAUCAGACAUGGUGCAUCAGACAUGGUGAGGGGAGGCUCCCUGGAGUGUGUUGGAAGCUGGAGGAACAUAUUAGCUCUUUGUUUGUACUUAUCUGUAGCUGGUCCCUUCUGCUGCUACUUGCUUGGCUACCUAGUCUUUUUAGCCCCAUUUUUCUUUCUUUUAUUGAUUUUCUUAAAGCCAUAUUGUAACACUUGUAGUUUGAAUCCCAAUACUCAUUUUAAACUUUUACCCCAAAUACACUGAACUUAAGUAAAACAUUAAAUAGUAGUCUUUAGCUAGUUAGAAUAAAGGGAUGAUAAAAGAUUUAAAAAUUUCAUCAUCCAUGUAAACUCUUUAUAACGUGUGUGUGUGUGUGUGUGUGUGUGUGUGUGUGUGUGUGUGGUGGUGGUGGUGAACUGUGGUAUGACAUGUUUUUUGCUAUCAGGGAUAGCGUCAGAAGAAAGCCAUUCUCUGAUUGCCAAGAUCUUACAUUCUUCUGGAUUUGUGACCUAUGAAAUAGUCUCCUGAGGACGUCUAAGAGAGCCAACUUGGAACUGUCCUACAGUGAGGGUAGUGUUACUUUAUUUCUUUUUAUAACAAUUAUUCCAUAAUAAGCAACUAAAAUGCUAAAAAUUAAAAGGCAUCUGAAAUCCUACCAAGCUAGUAAACCCACACAGCACUAGUUUGCCCCAAAUAAACUUACUCCUUGCUGUUCAGUUGCCCUCAAUGGCAACUUGUGAAUAUAUAUGAGAUUGAAGAUUGUAGAAAAUGUGAUAGGUAGUCUCAGUAUUAUUAAGUAGAGUGGGUCAGUAUAUAUGCCCUUGGCACUGGGUAGCCAGGCACACUGCAUCCAUCCAUGGUACUGAAAGGUGGGAAGAGAAUUUCAGCCCAAUAUCUUACCGCAGCUCUGAGUUCCUCCUGAAGAGUUUAGAGGGAAGUAGCUCAUUGUCCCUGUUUCUACACUGAUGAGCCACCCCAGGGUGGCCCCAGUGACACUUCAGAGCAACUGGGGCAUGAAAAUUCUUCAGCUCAGUUGCUAUGUUCUCCCCCCCACACACACACACACAUACUCCAACUUUUUUUUUUUUUUUAAUAGUAUGAAUCUUAGGAGUCUGUAUGUUGUCAAAGAUGUAUACUUGGGUGGGGCUGAGGAGAUAGCUCAGUUCAGUGUUUGCCUGGCAAAGCUUAAGGACCUGAGUUCAGGUCUGUAGAACUCAUGUAAAAAUUCUGUGUCUGGUAGUGUGUGUGUGCUUAAAAUCCCAGCACUGGGGCAUCAGAGGAGCAUCCCUCAGGGCCACCAGCCUACUGAGCAAGCAUCAAGCCACUGAGAGACCCCAUCUAAAAGGAGGUAAACUGCAUUCCUGAGGAUGACAGCCAGUGUCCACACAUGAGUUUAAAAGGAUUCGUGCUUAUGUUUUGAGCUCUUGAGUGUGCGGUACAGCUGGUAUAGGGCAGUCAAGGCAGGUAUCCUAACUUUGCGUUGUGCAAAAGUCUGUCUGAGAUACUAGAGUCUGUGUCAUUGGCUUUCAUCUAAAUAAAGACACAUGGAGCUUUUUCGGAGACUUUUCUAUCUUCUCCAGGCAAGAAGCUAUGCAUGUUCCAUCUCCUUGCUUUAGUCCCCUUCUGAGUUCAGGUAGUCACCCCUCCCUCCAUGCCUGACAGCACAGACAUUAUUUUGAUUCUCAGUGUACUGUCUUUAUUUAAAUUAUUUUCAGUUCUCUGAGACUUUUGUUAUUUUUAUUACAGAUAAUCUGAGCACUUUUAUAUUCUAAGAUAGAGGCUAUAUUAUCAGAUGAAUAUAUUCACUCAAUUGAAAUUAUUUAGAUAAAAGAAAUUAUUGUUUAUGUUUUCUUUCAAGCAGUCUAUCCUAUUUUUAUCCAUUUACAAAUGCCAGUUUUGUGUGGUUUCUCAGCAUAUCAAAAUUAUUAUGUAAAAGAACCUUUCCAGCUUUCUGAACAGCAGAUAGUUUGGUUUAUAAAUAUUGUAUUUCAGUACGAAUAAAGGUGAAAGAAUACGAUCACUUACCCGAAAUGAUUUUACUGUGGCUGACUUAGAAGGAAAUGAAGUGGGAACUUGAAAUGUUUGAAUUACAAGUUAUUCAAAUGUGUGUUUCUUUCCUAAGGAAACCAAUGACUAUAAGACAAAGUAAGUGUGAUUGCAUUCAAUAUUUUUGCUCUUCUAAAAAAGCCCAAAAUGAAAAAAAUAAAGCUGUUUCUAUCUGCA